CUUUCGACUUCUUUUUGGAUUCUUCUACAAGCGAGCGAUUACAGAACACAACCCCCAGUCAAUUUUCGUUCGAGCAAAGCUGAAGGCUUUUAUGGAUAACUCUGAAGACGUUAAAGUUGAUAUCUUGGAGUGUAAUAAUCUGACUGAUGAGUCUCAAGAAGGAGAAGAGGCUUUGUGUGAAUCCUCUUCAAGCUCUUUUGGUGAUUCAAUGUGUGCCCGUGACGAUGAAGAUGGUGAUAAUGAUAAUGAUUUGGAAGCUGAAUCAAUGUUAAACAAAGACUAUCCAUUACCUGAGGCUAGUUUUGGUGAUGGGGCUGAGUUGUUGGGUCUGAGGAAGAAGAAGGUGACUGAUGAGUGGAGGAAGUUUUGUCAGCCUUUGAUGUGGAGGUGUAAGUGGUUAGAGCUCAAAGCUAAGGAGAUUGAGUCUCAAGCAAGAUGGUAUGACAAAGAAGUUAGAAGUUACUAUCAGAGUAAAGAGUCGAAUUUGGAAGGGUUUGAUGGGAAGUUGAAACCUUUUGGUGAUCAAACUCAGAGGAUGAGUGUUUUCAAGAGAGGAAGAAGGAGACGAGUUGAAGAGACAACAGAUGUUGCUGCUUAUAUCUCCAACCAUAAUGUUUUCUCUUAUGCCGAGAAGAGGAAGCCAACAACUCUCAAAGCUCAGUGCCCUGUUCCUGGUACAAGCCGGAAAGCUACAGUGAAGGAAGAAGAGGUGGAGGAUGAGGUUGAGGAUGAUUGUUUUGUUUCUGAGUCAGAUCGUUCGGAUGAUAUACUAGGAUUGAUUCUGUGUAAGAUUGAUGAGGCUCAGGAUAAAGCAAGAAGAUUGAAGAAGCGUGUUGAUCAGCUGUUGUGUGAGUCUCAGGCUGGUCAUACAUCAUUGAUGCCUGCAACAGUAACUCGAUCUCGGAGAGACUUUUCGGUACAGAAUGUUAAGCAACUUGCUAUGGUGGAAGAAGAACCGUUAAUGAACCAGAGAGAAGGGACUGUGCAAAUUGGGAGGCAACGUAUAUCUGCUGAUCAUACUGAAGAUUUGUUGAUGAUACCUCCUCAAGCGGCUCCUCCUCCUGAAAGUGAUGGGCAGUUUUUGUAUAACGUUUCUCCACUUCCUUAUGGGAGAUUAGGUUUCCCCACAGUAGAAGAUCUGCUGAUUGAUGGAUCAGAGAUGAAUGAUUAUGAAGCAGAACCGGAGCUUGAUCAUUGUUUCAUGAAGCUGAUGAAUGAGUUUGGAAGAGAGACUAUGUCAGAAGAAGCAGAUGAUGAUGAAGAAGAAGAAGAAGAUCCUACACCGGCCGCUAAGAGGCAUAAAACUUCUCACUGAAAACUCCUCUCUCAGUGUACAGAGCCUUCUGCUUGAUCAGCCUAACCCCAUCUUCAAUAAAGCUCCCUGAAAGUAGUAAUAUUGGUAUAUUUUGCUCAUUCUUGUCUCUCUUUAUCCCUCCCUCUAGUUACUCUUUGCAUUUGGCGUUUUGUGAAUUUUGAAACCACAACAGGUUUCAGAGUUUGUGCAUAGUGAAGUGAGAAUAUGUUAUCAUAGGAUGUUUUCUAUAUCAUGAGACUCUUUUAUGAUUCAUAAAAUUCAAAAAUUUUG